GAACAUGGAUUGCAAGGCACAGAUACCAAAGGUAAGUCACCAUCAGCAGAGUCACUUGAAAGAUGACAUGGUACCGUCACAAUACUCUGAAGCUACUGUCAACAAUUCUACAGUCUCUCAGACAGCCGACGUGUUUUGGUAGUUACUGCUACACAAGGAGAGGACAUGUCAACUCGAGCUGAAGAAGGGAUGAGGGCUGGCUUCAGUCUAAAACUGACUAUGUUUGAAGAUAUGGUGGUUCCAUGUGGUAUCAUCCCCAUUCUGUCCUCCUUCAGGACCCGUGAAGUACGAGAUGACGACAUCUUUCUGUGUACAUAUCCUAAAUCAGGUACCCACUGGACAUGGGAGAUUCUCAACAUGAUCGUUAAAGGCGAAGCGAAGUACACAGAGCAUUGGCUGGGUUCUUCCUAUAUUGACCAACGCAAUGAAGAUGUCAUAGAUGCCAUUGCUUCUCCGAGGAUCUUGACAACCCACAUGAUACCACGCAUUCUACCAAGAGCAAUUUGGGAACGAAAGUGUCGUAUAAUCAACGUACAGCGAAAUCCGAAGGAUGUUGCAGUGUCCUACUUCUUCCAGUCAACUAAUCAGAACUGGAUGAAUGAAUCAGCAGGGCCGUCUUUCACUGGUUCCUGGGAUAACUUCUUAGAUGCAUUUAUCAAGGGAAACAUACCCAAUGACUCUGCGUUUGAUCACACCCUGUCAUGGAACAAGGUUCCAGGAGAUUACCCAGAUGUUCCCUUUCUUCAGCUACAUUAUGAAGACUUGAAGAAAAAUGCAGUGAAAGUGGUUAAACAGUUGGCUGAGUUCAUUCUGCAUCCUCUCCCUGACAAGGUUUAUGAAGAAAUUGCAGAAGCAUGCGGGUUUACAAAGCUGAAACACGCCCACACGUGUCUGAAAACCCCAAUGUUUUCUACCCCAUGGAAAGAAGGGUCUCCUGGUCAUUUCAGGAAAGGUGAAACUGGCGACUGGAAGCACUGGUUUACAGUUGCUCAGAGUGAAAGGUUUGACAGAAUCUACCAACAGAAGUUUCAUCGAACAUUUCCAUACUGAAUGUUACUCCUCUAGGUCUGUUUUCGUCCUUCACAUCCACCCAACAAUUGAUUUAGCUACACAUAUACAUCAUUCAGUAUCUGAG